GCUAGCAGCAGAAACACGACUUGUCACCUCCAUGUUCCCCAGUAUCUACUACCUGCAUUGCUACUGGUUGCCGUUGCCGUUGCGUAUUGGGUUGUUGUGUAUUAGGCUGUGUAUCGGGCUGUUGCGUAUCGAGCUGUUGUGUAGCGUUGGGGUCCUGUGGAUCAUCAUCGACAUAUUCAGCACGUAUAAUGUCUGAAUCAUCAUCGGGAGGAGCACCCGCUGCAGCGUUACGCUUUCGACCCUGCGCAAAAGGAACUUCGACGACGGGUGGUGCUAUGUGAUC